CACCAACAGCCAAUAAUGGUGGUUUCUUCUCUCUCAAUCCCAAUUCCCAAUUCCAGAAUACCGGUAAAACCUAUAAAUACCCCCUUCUUCUUCAACACCAUUGCACCAUUCGCUUCUUCUCUCACACGCUUACUUCACACGAAAAAUACAUCUCCGCUCAACCUCCCAUCAUCGUCUUCCUCACGCAAUCGCGUUCUCGCUUACCGAGGGACUGAGUUAGGGCGCAAAUCCAGCGAGGAGCCAGCGAUGACGAUCAAGCCAGCAGUCCGGAUCGCCGAGAGGAAGCUCGUGGUGAAGGAUCGGACGAUUCUCACGAACGUGCCGGAGAAUGUGAUCGCCACCUCCGGCGCGGCGGCGGGGGCGGCGGAUGGGGUGUUUCUAGGGGCGGCUUUCGACCAGGAUCAGUGCAGCCACUCCGUCUCCCUCGGAACCCUACGCGACGUCCGCUUCUUAGCCUGCUUCCGGUUCAAGCUGUGGUGGAUGGCUCAGAAAAUGGGGGACAAGGGGCGCGACAUCCCCUUGGAGACGCAAUUCCUCCUCCUCGAGACCAAAGAGGGCUCGCAUUUGGAGUCCGACGACGCCGGCAACGACAACAAAAUCGUCUACACUGUGUUCCUCCCCUUGAUUGAAGGAAAAUUCAAGGCCUGCCUGCAGGGGAACGCCGCCGAUGAGCUCGAAUUGUGCCUCGAGAGCGGCGAUUCCGACACCGUGGGGUCCACCUUCACUCACUCCGUCUACAUCGGCUGCGGCACCGAUCCGUUCGCCACGAUCGAGGAUGCCAUCAAGGCGGUCAAGCUCCACCUCGGGACCUUCCGGUUGCGGCACGAGAAGAAGCUUCCCGGAAUCGUGGACUGCUUCGGGUGGUGCACCUGGGAUGCAUUCUACCAAGAGGUUACGCAGGAGGGGGUGGAGGCUGGUCUCGAGAGCCUCGAGGCCGGUGGAACCCCUCCCAAGUUCGUCAUCAUCGACGAUGGAUGGCAAUCGGUGGGGUCCGACAAGAAAGAAGAUGAAAAGGAAGAGCAGGGGCUGCUGAGGCUGACUGGGAUCAAGGAGAAUGAAAAGUUCAAGAAGAAGGAGGAUCCUUCGAUGGGGAUCAAGAACAUCGUCAACAUCGCAAAGGAGAAGCACGGGCUCAAGUAUGUGUAUGUGUGGCACGCCAUCACCGGGUACUGGGGCGGGGUGAGGCCCGGGGUGGAGGAGAUGAAAGAGUACGGAUCAGCUAUGCAGUAUCCCAAGCUGUCAAAGGGGGUUCUUGCGAACGAGCCGGGGUGGAAAACCGAUGCUAUCGCUUUGCAGGGAUUGGGAUUGGUGAACCCUAAGAAUGUGUACAAGUUCUACAAUGAGCUCCAUAGUUACUUGGCUGCUGCCGGCAUAGACGGCGUCAAGGUCGAUGUGCAGUGCAUUUUGGAGACGCUCGGUGCUGGCCUCGGAGGCAGGGUCGAGCUCACAAGGCAGUAUCAAAAUGCUCUUGAUGCCUCUGUUGCCAGGAACUUCCCUGAUAAUGGAAUCAUUGCCUGUAUGAGCCACAACCUCGAAUCUCUUUACUGCUCGAAGCAGACUGGUAUAGUGAGAGCUUCGGACGAUUUCUACCCGCGUGAUCCGGUGUCGCACACCAUCCACAUUGCAGCUGUGGCAUACAACAGUGUGUUUUUGGGAGAGAUAAUGCUGCCUGAUUGGGACAUGUUCCACUCUCUGCAUCCGGCAGCCGAGUACCAUGGUUCGGCCAGGGCAAUCAGUGGUGGACCUGUCUAUGUCAGUGAUGCGCCGGGGAAACACAACUUCGAGCUUCUUAGGAAGCUUGUCUUGCCUGAUGGCUCCAUCCUCCGCCCUCGCCUCCCUGGUCGCCCCACCAAGGAUUGCCUCUUUUCAGAUCCUUCUCGUGAUGGUGUUAGCCUGCUAAAGAUAUGGAACAUUAACAAGCACACUGGGGUUCUAGGCGUGUACAACUGCCAAGGUGCGGCGUGGAACAGUAUUGAGAGGAAGAACACCCACCACCAGACCAAAACCGAGGCGAUCACCGGCUAUGUGCGGGGCCGGGACGUCCACUUCAUCUCUGAUGUGGCGCCUGACUCCAACUGGGAUGGCCACGUGGCCCUCUACUCCCACAGGGUCGGAGAAGUCAUCGUCCUUCCUUACAACGUGGCAAUGCCUGUCUCCCUUAAGGUCCUUGAGCAUGAGGUGUACACCGUGACACCAAUCAAGAGUCUAGCGCCAGGGUUCAGCUUUGCCCCGUUCGGCCUCAUCGACAUGUUCAAUGGAGGCGGAGCUAUAGAAGGGCUGAACUAUGAAGUGAAGGCCGGGGCAGAGCUCUCGGAUUUGGGGAAUGGAUAUCAAUCGGAAGAAAGCAUUGUGGGUGCCGAGAGAGCCGAGAACUUAAGCUCGGAAGCCGUUGCAGUUGUCUCCAUUGAAUCCAAGGGAUGUGGGCAGUUUGGUGCUUACUCUUCGACUAAGCCAAGAAAAUGCAAGGUGGGGUCUGAGGUCGUUGACUUUGAAUAUGACUCAGCAUCCGGCCUCGUUACCUUGAACCUGCUCGAGAUGCCUCGAGAGGAUGAGAAGGUGCACAAGAUCGAGAUUGAGUUGUGAAGUAAUUGUAUCAAGAUUUUGGGGAACUAGUAUGUAGCUAUGAUCAUCUUAUUGCAAGAUUCAUAGUGUUGUUCCAUUGGGGGGAUCUAGGAGAUUAGGACAUGGGUAUGGAUGCUGCAAUGUGUUGUACUUUUUUCACCUACCAUGGCCCAUUGAGAAACCCCAGCAGCAUGUGCUUGUACCUUGAGUGCAUUCUAAUCACAGUACAAUAAUGUCAAAGUGGAUGAUACCAUUGAAAUACUAUCUCAUUUUAUGUGACAA